CACGCCCACGCUCGUCCAAGCACGUCUGAAACUCUGGAAAAGACAUUCGUUCUUGUCGUACAGCAGAGAACGAACUCUUCUUAACUCUCACCCAAACUUUAUUUCAAGCACUUCUUCGGCAAUAGAGACACAAACAAUGGCUGAGAAACUUAAGGCCGUGAGAACGGAUUUCGUGGCUAAGGUUUCCGCGACAGUGAUCGAACAACUUCUGGACAAUCUUUUGGAUGACCAUGUAUUGAACAGCGGGGAGCAGGAGGCUAUAAUUGAGGCGCAAAACACCAAAGCAAAGAGGGCUCGCACCCUCAUUGACACGGUGCGGACGAAAGGUGAUGACGCAAGCUGGAAGAUGAUCACUCACAUUAGCAAAAGGGACCAAAUGCUCUUCAAGGAAUUGGGCCUCACCGCUGAGCCGCCCAAAGCCACUUUCGAGUUGGAACGCCAGUGGUCGAACACGCUCAUCCCCUGCAAAAAGAACUUCUGGAAUUCCAAGGAUGACGCAAAAAAGAUCUACCGCGUGACUAAAGAGUCCACACAGAGUCGUGUGGCUCUGCUAAUCACCAAUAUAAAGUUUAAGGAUGAGCGUUAUAACAGACAUGGAGCUGAGGCAGAUGAGCGGAACAUGGAGAGCCUCUUGCGUGAUUUAGGAUAUCAAGUGGUCAAAUACAGGGACUGCACAGGAAAGGAAAUCGACAAGGCCGUCAUCAACUUCUCCGAACAUCCCAAACUUAAAGACACAGACAGUGUGUUUGUGGUGAUCAUGUCUCACGGGAAGCUGGGAUCAGUACUCGGCGUCAACUGGAACGAGGCGCAAAAAGAGGACGAAGAAGAUGUCUUCGCCAUUGAUAACAUUUUUAAACACCUGGCCUCAGUGAACUGCAGUGCGCUGCUGGAUAAACCCAAGAUCAUCAUCAUCCAGGCCUGCAGAGGAGUGGACAAAGGCUCGGUGGCCAUCAGGGAUGACGCAAAGGCGGUGAUGUGCGCUAAUACCCAGCAGCCGGGUCCGUCCACAUCUGGUGAUGACGGCAACAUUGUGGAAGACGGCUAUCAAUUUGUGCACAAAGAGAAAGAUUUCCUCGCUCUUCUCUCUUGCACCCCUGAUACCGUCUCAUACAGACACCCAGAGAACGGCGCUUUCUGUAUUCAGUAUAUUGUUGAUGCUCUGAACACUUAUGCAUGUGAGAAAGACAUUGAGGAGCUGUUCCGAAUGGUCAUGCAACGCUUUGAAACAUUGCCGUUUGUGACCAUAAAACAGAUGCCAACCAAAGAUAGAUGCACUUUGACAAGGCGCUUCUACCUGUUUCCUGGGAUUUGACACCAGACAUUACUUCAGAGGAACAUAUCACUCUCAUAUUGUGGCGGUUCUUUACAAAAAUCGUAAAUGAUAAAGUACACCUUAUUGUUGCCAUUACAGUUAGAUGUUCCAUUCUUGCAAAAUUAUGUAAUAAUUUCAAACUUUUGACAUCACUUUAACUGAAACAGAUUUGUAUACAUUGGCACACAGGCACAGAAAGCUCUUACUUUGUUUGCAUUAAAUGUUUUGACUACAAAUAAAAAGUAUGGAACACAUUUCUUUAUCUAAUGCAUGCUGUCCCUCUAUAUAUAGUACAGUAUGUGUAACUGAUAAAGAUUUUCCUGUAUUAAUCUACCACUGUUUAUGGUCUGACCAACUUCUCAAUAACAAAAUAAAACAUUUAUGAAGAU